CCACCGACCGAACAGAGGAGUCGCCGUCCUCUUCCUCCAGUACUAGCGUGAGCGCCUCCCUUCGACCACCGCGCGGCGUCGGCGGCAUGGCGGCGGGCGGGGACCUGACCGACGAGGAGCGGCGCGCGCUUCGGGGGAGCAAGUUCGCGCCCCUCCCGGCGCCUCCUCCUUCCUCCCGCCCCAAUCCAAGGAUGGCCCAUCCCGGAGGACCACUAACUACAAACAAGGCUGCUGCUUUAGCGAAAUUCCUCGAGAGAAAACUUCAGCAACCUGAUGGGUUGGACUCUCUAAAUCCUGAUCUUGUAAAUUUGGCUGUGAAAAAUGCAAAGGAAACCAUAAAGGCUAGCAAGGGUGAGUCCUCAACUUCUGGGAGAGUAGUACGGCAUGUUCCAUCAUUUGAGGAUUCUUCCGAGGUUUCUAAUGAAGAUGACGGGGAACAGAAAAAGAAAAAGAAGAAGAAGAAGAAGAAAAAGAGAAAAACAAAGGUUCCUAAAGAUUCCAAGCUCCACAACACAUCAAAGAAGAAAAGGCUAUCACUAUGAUCCUUGAACCUGUCUGGUAUUAGGGAGCUAAAAGAAGGCAGGCAUGGAAUACUUUUCAGACUUAUCGAAUUUAUUGAUUAAUUCCAUUGAACCUCAGUCAGUACUGCGAACAUAGCUAGCAGUGACACAUCCCUCACAGUGAUCAAAAGAAAAGAAAAACACUUGGGAAACCCCAAAGUGCAAUCGUGUGUUCUAGUUUAACGGUGCUAUAUUGCAGGAAUUACUCGCAAAACAAUUGUUGUAUUCUGCGUUUUAUUGUUGUUACUGGAUGUUGGGGUGAUCAAUCUGCCAUUGAUCGGUCUGCCUGUUGGAGGCGUUGUAGGAACUGGGAAAUGCCGUUGUACCAUUUGUAGUUUUUACUCCACCGGAUAAUUCCAUGUUUCACUGACAUGGGCGAUA